UGUUUCCCAGCCGGACAGACUGUGGACGGAACACGCUGAACUCACAUUUCCGUUAUAUUCUCGCGCAAACACCGCCUCUUCCUUUUCUCCCCUGGUCGAGCCGCCAAGAUGAGUCUCGUAAUCCCAGAAAAGUUCCAGCACAUUCUCCGUGUUCUUAACACCAACAUUGAUGGGCGACGGAAAAUUGCAUUUGCUCUUACUGCCAUCAAGGGUGUUGGCAGACGUUAUGCUCAUGUGGUACUGAGGAAAGCCGAUAUUGACUUGAGCAAAAGGGCUGGAGAAUUAACAGAAGAUGAGGUUGAGCGUGUGGUCACAAUCAUGCAGAACCCUAGGCAGUACAAGAUUCCUGAUUGGUUUCUGAACAGACAGAAGGAUGUCAAGGAUGGCAAGUACAGCCAGGUCUUGGCUAACUCUCUAGAAAACAAACUGCGUGAGGAUCUGGAAAGACUGAAAAAGAUCCGUGCGCAUAGAGGCCUGCGUCACUUCUGGGGCCUGCGUGUACGUGGUCAACACACAAAGACCACUGGCAGAAGAGGACGAACUGUUGGUGUGUCCAAGAAGAAGUAAAUAGGUUUUUCAAUAAAGGAUGUUUAUUCAGUACA